AUCAUCAUCACUGAAUUAUCCGCGGUUUGCCGAGUGGAGUGUUAGCUGAUUGGCUGAUUGAAUUAAUUCCGGCCUGCUGUCCGAGACUAAACGCUGAGUAACUCUUGGCAACAAAGGUGACUUCUUUUCGAGAGUUUCAUAAAUGUGUUUUCAUAAAAGAUGAUGUUUGAAAAUGGUGUGAUAGUCAUGCGUGCAGAAUUUCAUGAAAAUAUUUGCCAAUAAAGAUUUGAGUUCAGAAAGAUCAUUAAUCGCAAAAAUGAAAAAAAGUACACUGUAAUAUUUAUACGCCGUAAUUUGCCUCAAGUGAUAAUUUCCAUUCAAACCACAUUUUUUGACCAAUCAGAAUUGAGGAAAUUUCUAUUCUGUGCUACAAUUCCAGUUCGCUUAGUAAUCAUUUAUAGAUUGCUCAAUGACAACACUUGGUUCAUGUCACAUCAAGGGCCGUUAAAACUGCACCGCGUCGUAUAUAUAUCAGGAGUAGCAGUAUAUAUUAGUAGUAGCAGUAGUGGUAGACCUAGUCAUCAUCGCAGUAGUACAUGUAGUAGUGUUAGUAGUAGGCCUAGUCCUCCCAUCGUCGCAGUAGUAUAACAUUGGUAACCUGACAAUGAAUUGAUGUGAAACACCAGAACGACAGUGUGAGGUAAUGGUUCGACAGUGUGAGGUGAUGGUUCGUUUAAAGCGAGUAUUGAUAUUGAGUGGAUUAUUUCUGUUGGGUGUGGCACUAAUGAUACUAAUAACAGGAACUGGUAAAUUUCCAUUUGAAGAUUUUUAUGAUGAGUUUAAUUAUACCUCUUAUGACCAAUAUGAUGUCACAUUUGAUCCGUCCAUCACAUAUAAUUCACGAAAAGAUACAACGAAUACACAUGUGAUAAAAGAUGGUCGACUAACUGCUGCUGACGACAAAACUUUAAUCAUAGAUGAUAGAAUUGCUCAACGACUGAUGAACAACAUUAAAAUCCUGUGUUGGAUCCCAACCAUUACCAAUUCUCUAGAAACUAAAGUGAAAGCCGUGAACAAUACGUGGGCUAGACGCUGUGAUAGAACAUUAUAUGUACUGGGCGACCCGUCCUCACCCACCAGUUUACAAGGUGACAUUCUCACAUUAAAGGUUCCUAAUGGACGAAGUCACCUCACUGCUAAAUCUGUUCAGGCUCUUAAAUUUAUCCACAGUCAUUUUUUAAUGAGUUACGACUGGUUUUUAAAAGCUGAUGAUGAUACGUAUAUUGUGAUGGAGAAUUUGAAGUUUUUGCUGUCUCAUUAUAGUUCCAAUGCUCCUGUAUAUGUGGGUCAUUUAUUUAAGAAAUACAGUAACUAUGGUUACAUGAGUGGAGGAGCGGGAUAUGUUUUAAGUAGACGUGCUUUAAGAAAACUGGUAAAACAUGGCUACAGGUCCUCUGGUAAAUGUAGAAAUGAUGGAAACGACGAAGAUGUAGAUAUAGGCCACUGUUUGCAGGCGGUCAACGUAUCUGUACAUAACACUGUAGAUAAAUUUGGAAGAGAAAGCUUUCAUCCAUUCAGCGGUUUAGCUCAUGUGAAUGGUGGACUUCCAGAUAAUAUAAAAUCGUACGACAGAAACCCAACCAGGACAGGAGUUGACUGUUGCAGUCAGUUAUUGAUCAGCUUUCACUAUGCAUCACCACAAUUUUUAUACUUCAUUGAACAAUUAUUAUAUCGUACCAGCAUCUAUGGUCGCAAAAUACCAGAUACAGGUUUUAAAAAAUUCUUUCAAAUAGGACCGGUACCACCAUUAAAGGAUUUCAAAUGAUCUCCAGGAGGCAUGAUCCAAGUCCGUGUAAAACAUAUCCUGUGUCGUCAUGUUGCGUAAAUUGUGAACUGUGUCAAGGUUGUGGACCCUCAAGAAGUUACAAUUUUGAUCUGAUUUUGAUGAAACUUGAAAUGACAUCUUUAUAACCCAAAGAUCUUGGUUCCUUUCGAUAUUCGCGCAUAUUGGAUCGUAACUUCCUCUCUUAUGGCCCCAGAUUGUUGGAAAAAUCGCAUUUUUAGCUUGUAGACCCACUAGAAGUCACAAUUUGUAUUCAAUUGUCAAAAACGUUCAAAUAUAUUACUGUUACACAUCAAUGAAAGUUGAGUUCAAAUUUCGUAAAAAUCUGACUCAAACUGACGGAAAAAAUGGCAAACGCAAAUAGUAUAAAAGUAUGUAAUACCAAGGUUGUGGACCCUCUAGAAAUCACAAUUUUUAUCCAAUUUUGAGGAAACUUGAAAUAUAUCUUUAUAUCCCAAAUAUUUCAGUCCAUUUCAAUAUUCGCGCAUUUCAGACCAUAACUUCCUGGAUCAUUGCUUGGUACCAAGUCUGUAGACAUUGGCAAACUCUUUUUCUGACUGGCAAAAUUAGAAAGGAGUUUACUGAUCAUGGAGUCCUUAGCGAUACAAAUACGUGUACACCCGUGAACUUGAGGUUUAGUCAAGAUGACAUUUUAAAGAUCAUUAAAUCCGCCAACAAAACAACAUAUAUCCACUUGAUCCGAUACCGUCCAACCUGCUUGUUCAACUUCUUCUGCUUCCUGUUAUUACUUUAUUAGUCAACUGAAGAUGCUAAUACCAUCUACGUUGUGUAUACAACAUCAGAGACUAUCUCACUACAGACACUUGUAAACUACUUGUGAGAUCACUGAUUUUAUCAAGGAUUGAUUAUUGUAAUAGUUUACUCUCUGGAAUCCUACAAGCACUUCUCUAGUCAAGAUCCAGAAAGUUCUUAAUACUGCAGCCCGAAAUACACACACAUUGAUGACGUCAGAUGCACAAUCCAUAUGGAUAUGCGAUGCGGACAAGGAAUUUACGCUUGCAAAGAGUCUCUAAUAACGCAGCUCCUCAAUACUUAUCUAAACUCUUAUAUGACUACAAUCCUAUUAGAUCACUUCGCUCUCAAAAUAAACAGUUACUAGUUGAUAUAAGAUGAUAUAAUUUAAAGUCAUAUGGGUAUAGGUCUUUCAGUUCAGCUGGUCCUAGAUUAUGGAAUAAACUUCCACAACAGAUCAAGAAUCAACAAACUUUUAAUCAAUUUAAAUCUGCACUAAAGACUUUCCCGUUUCAACAGUUUUACCAGUAGAGCCAUUACUAAAAGUGUUUUGAGCAUGUGUCAACAUGGAGAAGACGCUAUAUAAAACCUCAUUGUGAAAUUGUCUGUUUCUCAUCGUGCAGGAAAAAUGCGAGUCCGCAGGUCGUCGCGGGUGAUGUACGAGUUGGCGAGGUGCUUGUUUCGCCAUCAGCUUCCGCACGGGACUUGGCUGGACUGAUGGAUGAUCAGAUCAAGAGUGUGUGUAGCAAGGCUUCUCACUCGCUGUGGGGUAUCGGGCGAAUCCGGCAUUUGUUAGACCAGGCCAGUACUGAGAAAUUGGUGCAUGGCUUUGUGACAUCCAAACUGGAUUACUGUAACAGUCUUUUUUAUGGUCUCCCGAAAUACAAGUUAAAGAAAUUACAACAUGUUCAGAAUUCCGCUGCUCAACUGGUGAUCCGAAGGAAGCUGGAGCGUCACGCAGAGAUGACGCCCAUUUUUCGGGAACUACACUGGCUCCUAGUUGAGAAGCGGAUUCAUUUUAAACUGUCAUGUAUAAUUUUCAAGUUAAUACGCCAUAGUGAGUCAGCGCCUUGCUACCUCACUAAUAUCAUUAGUAUUCAAGUUCCAUCUUAUCGGACUAGAAGCAGAGAUGAGGUGAAGUUGCGACCCUUUUCCCACUAAACACAUGGAAAACAAACCAGUGAGUUGUAUGGCGAUCGCGCCUUCAGUCGUGCCGCGCCUACUCUCUGGAAUGAGCUGCCACUAAGACUAUUUAUCAUAUCGCAACCUGCAUAGGUAUUUGCAUUUCAAUAUCCCCUACUUUUUUUGAAGAGUAUAAUAUAGAGGGGGCUAACCAAUGUUAUUCGCACAAUAUCAUAGAUGUUCAUUGAAUGUAAUUUUAAUAACGGGAUGUAGUUGUUUUCUUUUUUAAAUUUUUGUAUUUUUUAGUUGAAAGUAUUGAAUUGUUUUUAUAGAACGCAAAUUAUUGAAUGCAUUUAAACAGAUUUUCAGAUUUAACAUUCCACAUAUUUUAGCACAAUACUUUUAUACAUAAUUUUAAUAAAAUCAUUACUCAGA